AUGGUGGCUUCGCUAUAUUGCCUGCCGAAGAUCCACAAAAAUCCAGUUGGAAUGAGACCGAUAUCCUUCAACAUUCGCACACCAACCGAGAAAAUAGCAGCGUGGCUGGUGGAAGAAAUGAAAAAGUACCCGAUAACCCACGGAAAAAGUGUGAAAAAUUCUGUAGAUUUGGUUCAGCAACUAGAAGGGUUCAAAAUUAAGCGAGGGGAAAUUAUGGUAUCGUUCGAUGUCACAGCGCUUUUUCCAAGCAUACCGGUUACCGACGCGUUAAAGAGCUUGCGCCGGCAUUUAGAACGCAGCCGGGUGCCACAUCACCACAUGGAAGCUUACCUGUUAAUUGCUGAGGUAUGUAUGAACCAAAUCUACUUCACUUUUAGAGGAAAAUGCUUCAAACAGACGUUCGGCCUAAGUAUGGGCUGCAAACUUUCACCGCUGUUAGCCAACGUUUUCAUGAGCGAUUUCGAAGAGGCCGCGGGAAAAGAGAAUUAUUUCCCACGAGUAUGGAAAAGAUACGUGGAUGAUGUCUUUGCCCCGGUGAAAGAACGCUACCUACCCCAAACAUUAGAUCUGCUCAACUCCCGCCACAACUCAAUCAAAUUUACGGUAGAGCGGGAAGUUGAGGGUAAAUUGCCCUUCCUAGACCUGAUGAUCACCCGAAAGGAGGAUGGCACAUUGAAGUUUGGGAUCUACAGAAAACCGACGUCUACCGACCGUUAUAUAACGUCCGAUUCCAACCACUUUGGGGGACAGAAACAAGCAGCCUUUCAUGCCAUGGCCCACCGGUUGUUCAAUGUGCCAAUGGAAGCCGAGGAGUUUGCCAAAGAACAGCAACAAAUAUACAAAGCAGCAGAAAUAAAUGGCUACGAUAAAAGAUUCGUGGACAAAAUUCUAGAAAAACACAAACGCAAACAAGAGAGACAACAAAUCACCACACUAUCGCCCGGAAGUAGUGAAAUAAAAAGGAUCAGUUUACCAUUCUACCCCAAAGUAACCAAUCGAAUUAAAAAUACACUGAGAAGACUUCAUGUUCAAAUCGUGCACAAAAGCGAAAACACAUUGCGGGACUUGCUAUGCAAUUAA